CCAAGCCGUGCAAGCUGCACUCUGAGACGCCCCCUACUGUGGACACCCCGCAUGUUGGUGUGCGCGUCUACGACUUCUACCCAAAGAUCAAAGUGAGCUGGCACAGAGAGGAAAGGAAGUCACACUAUGUCACUUCCACUGAGCUGGCUGACGGAGACUGGUACUACCAGAUCCACUCACACCUGGAGUACACGCCCAGGUCUGGAGAGAAGAUCUCCUGUGUGGUGGAUCACGUCAGCCUGGAUAAACCUCUGGUUAAUGUCUGGGACCCGUCCAUGCCAGAGUCGGAGAGAAACAAGAUCGCCAUCGGAGCGUCUGGACUGAUCCUGGGUCUGAUCUUAUCUCUGGCUGGAUUCAUCUACUACAAGAGCAAGACCCGAGGAAGGAUUCUGGUGCCCAGUAACUGAUCCGGGUCCUGGUGGUCCAGCAUCAGAUGGAGG